UCCCUCUCAUUGGACGGUAGAGGCUGGUGCUGUGCACCAAUAGCAUUUAGAACUGUACAAAGCAAUCUAGUCCCUACCCCCAAUGCAGCCUUAGCUCUGUCGAGCUUACAAUACAAUGACCGUGUGGAAGAAACCUGUGAGGUCUUAUUUUCUACCAUAAAGUGUAUCACUUUUGCAUGCAGCCAUGUUCGAAAUGAGUGAGGAUUUUUCUGUGGGAGUAUUUCCUUUUUAUAUGGAAUCAAAUACUGUUAUUAAUAAGCUCUCGGUUGGAAUUAAUGCUUUUUAACGGAACCAAGGAUGACAAAGAGAACUGGAUAUCGAGACUGGAGAUGGCAGUCGCUGUGGUGGUAUAAUUUCUUCUUUUUGUGGAGUACUAUUGAGGGACAGACUCGUUACAGUAUCCCAGAAGAACUGAGACAAGGAUCUGUGGUCGGAAAUCUGGCCAAAGAUCUGGGUUUGGGACUAUCGGAAAUAUUUGACCGUAAACUGCGUGUCGCCUCUGAGGCUGGUAAGCAGUAUUUCAGUGUGGAUGCAGCAAAGGGCGAGCUGGUGGUGAACGACAGAAUAGACAGAGAGGCUCUAUGUGGACAGAGCACCAGCUGUGUGCUUUCUCUUCAAGUAGUUGUUGAAAAUCCUUUGCAGUCUCAUCGAAUUGAGGUGGAAAUUAAGGACAUAAAUGACAAUUCUCCUAGCUUUCAUACACAAGAGAUGAACCUUAAAAUACCAGAAUCCGUUGCUCUUGCAAGACGCUUUCCAUUGGAAAUAGCUGAAGAUCUUGAUGUUGGCAGUAAUUCUUUAAAAACGUAUUCUCUUAGCAAAAACGAUCAUUUUUCACUAAAAUUUAAAGACAUUAAAGGUGGCCAGAGUGUGCCAGAAUUAGUGUUAGAAAAGUCAUUAGACCGGGAAAAAGACUCUGUCCAUCAGCUGUUGCUGACAGCAUUAGAUGGGGGCACGCCUGUCAGAUCGGGGACAUGUAAGAUUACCAUUAGUGUAAUUGAUGUUAAUGACAAUUUCCCAGUAUUUAAUGAAAAUGUGUACCAAGUCUCUAUGAAGGAAAACAGCACAAAAGGGACGUUUGUGAUUAAACUUACAGCUACAGAUGCUGACGAAGGUCCUAAUGGUGAAGUGAAAUAUUCUUUUGGGUCCCGCACUCCAGAUUUUGUGUUGUCACUAUUUGAAAUAAAUGAUCUAACAGGAGACAUUGUUUUGAAAGGUGAACUCGAUUAUGAGGCUUCUACAUCCUUCCUCAUUGAUAUAACUGCAAAAGACAAAGGCGUCCCUGAAAUGGAGGGUCACUGUCGUGUACAAUUGAAUGUAGAAGACAUAAAUGAUAAUGCUCCAAACAUUGUUCUCACUUCGAAGCCCAGUCCUGUACGUGAGGACGCACCGAGUGGAACAGUAGUGGCGCUGAUUAGUGCUCGAGACAUGGACUCUGGUGAUAAUGGUAAAGUGAAGCUGAAACUCGCCAAACGUUAUCCUUUCAGUCUGAAGCCAUCAUUUUCUAACAAUUACGAGCUAGUUACCAGUGGACCUUUAGACCGAGAGAUUUUCUCUCAGUAUGAUAUUGAGAUAAAAUCUACUGAUUCAGGUUCUCCUCCACUCUCUAGUACUACAGUUAUUCCUAUCAGCAUCACUGAUGUAAAUGAUAACCCACCUAUAUUUACUCAGCCCAUAUAUAAUGUCUAUUUAAAAGAGAAUGGGCUCCCCGGUUCUAUCCUGUAUUCUGUAUCAGCAUCUGACCUGGAUUCUGGUGAAAACGCUAAAAUCUCUUAUUCUAUCCUGGACUCUAAAGUGCAGGACGUGUCAGUUUCAUCUUAUGUUUACAUUAACUCAGAUAACGGUAGCAUCUACAGCAUGCACUCCUUUGACUAUGAGAAACUCAAGGUGUUUCAGAUUCAGGUCCAGGCAAAGGAUCAGGGUUCUCCGUCUCUCAGCACCAACGCCACUGUCCAUGUUUUCAUCCUGGACCAGAACGAUAAUGCCCCCGCUGUUAUUUACCCCUCCUCCGCUGCCCUGGGCUCCCUCUCUCACCAGAGGAUGCCCCGCUCCGCUAAAGCGGGUCACCUGGUCACUAAGGUGACGGCUGUGGACGCGGACUCGGGCCAUAACGCCUGGAUCUCCUACAAACUGGCGGAGGCCACAGACGCCUCUCUGUUCACUGUCAAUCUGUACACAGGGGAGGUGAGGACUAAACGCACUGUGUCCGAGCAGGACGACUCCUCUCAGAGGCUGCUUAUAGAGAUCAAGGACGAUGGGGAACCGGUCCAGUCCGCCACCGUCACCGUGUCCAUCCUGAUGGAGGACGCUCUCCACGAGCCCAUCUUGGACAUCAGACACAAAGUCACUGAGCCCAGCAAGAAAACUGGGAGAAUCACCCUUUAUUUGAUUCUGUCUCUGGCCUCAGUGUCCGUGCUGUCUCUGGUGACUUUUCUCAUCUUAGCGGUGAAAUGUAUCAGAAACAGCAGAAGCAGCGGUAGCUGCUGCAUGAGACGGACCGACUGUGAUGAUUACAAGAACCCCAACAGGAACCUGCAGAUUCAGCUCAACACUGACGGACCUAUAAAGUAUGUGGAGGUCCUGGGAGGAGACAUGUUGUCUCAGAGUCAGUCGUUCAGGUCCUGUAUGUCUCCGAUGUCAGAGUACAGUGAUUUCACUCUGAUCAAACCCAGCAGCACCACUGACUUUAAGGAAGUGAUCAGUGUCCUGGAUGCGUCUUUACCCGACAGCACCUGGACCUUUGAGAGUCAACAGGUGAGCUUUUAACAGUUUUACUGCCUG